AGGACAGAGCGCACGAAAAGACUCCUCCCGCUCAUCUAGGUUUCUCACUACCAACUUUACUUUAGUUUGAUUUCCUUCAACAGUAAACAGACGUGGGUAAAAGAAAUAAACAAAAAAGAAGAAGGACAUCGAGGAACAGGGUUCAGAGCAGAAGAUAAAAAAAUGGGAAGAAAGAAAAUACAAAUUUCUCGUAUUCUCGACCAGAGAAACAGACAGGUGACCUUCACCAAACGCAAGUUUGGUCUGAUGAAGAAGGCUUAUGAGCUGAGUGUGCUAUGUGACUGUGAGAUCGCCCUCAUCAUCUUCAACAGCACCAACCGUCUGUUCCAGUACGCCAGCACUGACAUGGAUAAAGUGCUGCUGAAGUACACAGAGUACAGCGAGCCACACGAGAGCCGCACCAACACAGACAUAUUAGAGACGCUUCGUAGGAAAGGCCUCGGUCUGGAAGGCGCCGAGGUUGACGUUGAGGAGAGCGCGCAGGCAGCAGCAGACAAAUAUCCUCUCAGUGAGGGCAUGGAUCUCUCUGUGGCCCGCCAGCGCUUCUGUGGUCCUUCCCUGCUUUCACCAGAGGCACAGUUCCUGGUUUCAGCGGGUUGCGAGAAUGGUUUCUCUAACUCUUCUGCAUCCACCAUGGCCUCCCACAGACCCCCAGGCUUUAAACCUCUCAUCUCUAGACCAGGCUCAGCCAGCCCUGCUGCACCGCACGCACACACUGCAUUCAUGUCUCCACAUGCAGGUAUCGGCUACUCCGUUUUCUCCCAUGGGAACCUGAAUCGAACUCUGGACAUGAAAAGCCCCCCUCCUCUGAAUGUGGGCACAGAGAACAUGCGGGCAGAUGCUGUUAAUCAGGGCAUGGGGGUCACACGAGCAAACCACAGCUCUGCUCGGGGUCUCUUGUACCAGGGGCUGCAUAGCAGCAGUUCCAUGGUAGCCAUGGGGAAAGCUGGGCUCCUUGGUCACAGUUUGGGAAGCUAUGGCCUUCCCUCCCCUGGAGCCUCUGAGUAUAGCCAGCCUGGAUUUUAUCACUCUGUUAGUUUACAACGUGGAGCAGUAAACCCCUGGCCACCAACACAACUGCCUCAGGAGCCCCAUGGGCCUCAUAUAAGCUCAGGUAUGUCCAGUGGGGGGUGCUCCUUCCCCUCUCAGCAUUGCUCCUCAAACUCUCUACAUCUGCCCUCCCUCAACCUCAGCAUCAAAUCGGAGCGAAGCUCUCCCGAGCACAUGUCCUCACCAUCCUCUCCUGCUCUACACCACCUCAGGCAGCAUUCUCCAAUUAGCAACCCUGAUUCGACUCGCCAUACCCCUCCGGAAAAAAAACCAGCCAAUGAGACAAAGGAGUUUCCCAAAGCCAGCUACCCACAAGACGCACAGGAAGGCGGGCAGCCAUUCAGGCAGUUAGAGAUGAGUGACGGCUGGCAGAGAUAGCCAGCUGCUGCAGUCUACCACCAUUCUACCACCAUUCAACAGCUGCCAGCAAACCCAGACCGGGUGGAAAUGGGUGCCCCGGCAUCCCAGAAUGGGACGCCUUUCUUUGUCUCCUCACACAGAGCUGGUCUCUCACAGGUGGCAGCGAAUUCUUCUCUGCAUUACUUUCUUGAUCCCAUGAGGAGACAGAUGCAAACAGACUUUCGCUUUUUGUUUUGUUUAGCUUUAGUUCUCUUAGUGUUGAGUCAAAAUACAAUUUGAAGGUGUUUAUUUUUUUAAUACUUUGUUGGAGACUGCUACAGCAGCAAAUUGGGACCAACCCAGAUUCUCUAAAAAGAGCUAAAACUAAUCUGUAAACAUAUUCUGCUUUCAGUACACCAAAAAGCUCCGUUUAAAUAAAAAAAUAAAUAAAUUUUAAAAAGAAAAAAGAAAAAGAAAAAACUGUUUGUUAAAAUAAGACAUAUUAGCCUCACAAGAAGCUUGGCCUUUUUAAAAAAAUAAAAAAUUGAAAUGUAACUGCAUUUAAAAGGAAAAGUUCUUGCUGUUUUUUAAGUGUCUUUAAAAGUGUACACGUUUUUUAUUUGCUGGAAUGCCCCUUUAUGAAUAAACAGCUUUACAAUGGAAUACUCCACAGCACUCCAGAAGCAUAUUCCACAUUUAACGUAACAGAAGGCUUCGGCAGCCUCUCACUGUUGUGUAUUGGUGUGUGGAUCAGCUGUAUCUGGAGGGGAUAUCUCAAACCUAAACAAAUGCAUCAAAAUGCAGUUAUUGUUUUCAAAAAGUCCAAAUUUUACCCAUAAAUACUUGUCUAAUUCAGACUGUUAAAUCCAAAGGAGUAAAGGUUUUGCAGGAUAACACCUAGUGCAAAGAGAAGAGGUUAGAUUCCAGUAGCACAGGACAUGUAGAAGCAACAUCUGUGGAGAGAGUUUAGGGAAAGUAGUACGGUAUCAGCAUGAUAACAGUGAAGGGUUAGGGUUAGCACCCUGCUGCAUGGAAUUAAAAAGAAAACACACUCUUUCAUAAGGAUAACAAUAAAGCCUCAUACGUACAGAGGCCCCAUCUCUUAUAUCUCAUUUGGACACGCGUACAGGAGCAACCAAAGCCUUCUUCAGCAUUCAUGUGGACAUGUAAGCACUGUUAAAGACAGACUUGAAAAAGUCUUAACUUUUCAUUUUCCUUUCAGGUUUAUGUUUUAAGUUUUUGCUGUUUUAUUCCUCCUCAUGAAAGCCACGAUCUUCACCUGUUCAGUUAAAAACUGAUGUAUAUCCCCAUGCACUGCACUCAAAUACUAAGAGCCAAAGAUGUAUUUAUUGUUGCUAUUUGGUCUAUAUUUUGAUUUCUGUAACACAAAACUGCACACGGUUAGCUUUUACUAAAGGGCUUCAUGUUGUAAGUGCAUGUUGUAGAAAUGAUUGAGCUUAUGAUGCUCAGAAAUAUGCAUUUACUUAAAUAUUUACUGAAUAUUUAAUGAAAAUCAUCUGGCUUUUGUUGUUAAUUUUACAUUUAUGGAUAUCUGCAUGUUUCACUGUUGCAUACUCAAAUUAUGUUAUUCAUAUGAUAAAAUAGAGUCUAAAUUCAGGAUACACACCGAAUGAGAGAUUAAUUUUACUAUAAUAAAUCUCCACAACAGGGCAGAGGUUCAGUGUUUCAUCCUGAUGACAAUUAGCAAACACUUGUGCACCUACGUCUCGAGAUUCAUUAAACCGGCUGGUGGGGGUCCUCACACAAGUUUUGUUGUUCAGUUUGCUGUUUAAUUUUUUUUAAUCAUGUAAUUAUCAGUAUUCUUACAUUUUAUUUAUGAUUGCUGAAUUCUUCACUAGCCAAGCAAACAUAAUUUUAUUUUACAUUUGUUUUGAGUCCUUUGAAAUAAUAAUAAUAAUAAUAAAAUCAUUUGUAACUUUG